AACUUUUCUUUACAAUCCUCGUCUCGCCGCCCUCCUCCCCCAGAAAACCCACCUACGACUCCGACCGGAGACAGAGACAAUCAGACGCUAAUGUCCCCUGCAACCCAUUUCCCGUCCCGUCCUGAUAUUCGCACUCCUCCUCUCCGAACACAAAGGCCCAUCUCAAGGGAUAAUCUCACUCGACCGUACUAAAUACUCGACGGAAGCUUCUCUCUUGUUCUUGGUUCCCGGCUUUGUCUCUGUGACCCGAUCGAGGUUUCCGGGUUGACAUCUUGGUGGGGUCUCUGUUGCUGAUUCGAGCUCAGACAGGAAUAUGAAAUCAGGGAAAGGGAACCAAGAGUACGAGGAGUACGAGGAGGAUGAUUUCAAUCCGAAGAGGGACGGCCCCUCUUCUAACACUUCCAAUACCAACGCCACUGGCAAUACCAAAGCAGAUAAGAAUAGUGACAAAGCCAACGCUAUAAGAUCGAAGCAUUCGGUCACGGAGCAGCGUAGAAGGAGCAAGAUAAAUGAGAGGUUUCAGAUAUUGAGAGAUCUAAUACCUCACAGUGAACAAAAGAGAGAUACGGCAUCGUUUUUAUUAGAGGUGAUAGAUUAUGUUAAGUAUUUGCAGGAAAAGGUACAGAAGUAUGAAGGCUCUUAUCCAGGAUGGAAUUCGGAGCCCGCCAAGUUGAUGCCAUGGAGAAACAGCCAUUGGCGUGUUCAAAGUUUCGUUGGUCAACCUCAUGCUGCUAAAAAUGGCUCGGCUCCAGUGUCCAUGUUUCCUGGGAAGUUUGAGGAUAAUAAUGUUGGUAUUACUUCAAAUAUGCUUGCAAGCACACAGAAUACUCUGGAGCUUGAAGCUGGACGAGAAGUCAUAAAUAAAUCUGUUGAUCAGCCCAUGCCCACUCCAGUCCGAACGGAUGGCACAGCAGACCAUCCUCUUCAGAGACCUGCAGGUUCAGACCUACAGUCGGUGGCAGGCCCUUUCACGGAGAAUUUGCUGAACCAAUCGGAAGAUCUGUCCAUUGAAGGUGGAACGAUCAACAUCUCAAGUGUAUAUUCACAAGGCCUACUAAAUACUCUAACGGAUGCAUUGCAAAAUGCUGGUUUAGACUUAUCACAAGCCAGGAUCUCAGUGCAGAUUGAUCUCGGGAAGCGCGCAAAUAGAGGACAAAUGGUAGGAACCUCAAUGGCUGCAGUAUGAGAUCAAGAUGGUCCCAUUUCUGGCAAUUCUGUGUUGGCAGAUAUUAGGGAUGCUGCUGAUGGUGAAGAAGGCUCGGGUCAGGCUCAGAAGCGUCAGAAGACUUGAGACUUACUCUCUGGGUCAAUACUCUCCCCGUCUCUCUUGCAAUUAUAUUUUUACAGUAUAUCUGUAUGGCUUCAGGUCAAUGUACAUGCUCUAAAUUAGUUGGCCCGUGUCUUUGUGAGUUUUCAUCCUGCCAACUUUAUGAGGAUUGCUUCACAGUGCUUCUGUGUAUUCUCGUUUAUGGGCAACGAGAUAUACCAUCCAUGCAUAUACUUUCAUAUUGUCGCGAUCUUGAUCAAGUCCCUCUUUUCUCUAGUGUGAAGUUGAAGCAUAAGAAAGUUCAGUUUAAUA